UUACAUCAAACAAACACAACUUCUUCACUCUACUUAACCACACCAAAGGGCACAACCGUCAUUUCCCAAAAACCGCGUCAACCGCACCUAGCAGUAGUAAUCACAAGUAACACCAAAAAUUCAAGAUAAAUAAACGUUGCCAGUACAACCAACCACCACACUGCAUCAAUAAAACAAACCUUCUGCUCCGACAGCCAUGAACGACAACAUGGAAAACGAUGAAGCUAAGGAAAUCGAAGCGAAUGAUUUCGCGCUUAGCGGCAAGAUAAUGCUAUUCGCCAUCGUCGUUCUCUUCGUCAUCAUCAUCAUAAUGCUCUGCCUCCACGUCUACGUCCGCUGCACCCUCCUUCGAGCUCGCCGCCGGCAACAACUUCCCCGAAGAAGCAACCGCCCGCAGUUCGUAUUCUACAUCGACCCCGCCGCCCGCAUUGCCCUCACCUCGCGCGGCCUCCACCCCUCCGUCAUCUCCACGCUCCCGGUCUUCACCUUCUCCGAUUCCACCCAAAAAUCGGAAUGCGCGGUGUGCUUGUCAGAGUUUGAGAACGGAGAAACGGGUCGGGUCUUACCCAAAUGCAACCAUAGUUUCCAUACUGAGUGCAUCGACAUGUGGUUCCAGUCCCACUCCACUUGUCCGCUUUGCAGGGCGCCUGUCGAGGCCAUUUCGGAGCAAGAAACUCAAUCUGAGGUGGCUGUUGUUGUGUGUGAACCUGAAACGGUUGGGGAAGAGGUGGACCGGUCUAUACCGGUUGGUUCUUCUUCUUCUGCAUUGCGUGACGAGAGCUUGGGGCGUGAGACGGAGUCUUCAAUUAUUUUUCCGGUUAGUCGGAUAGUGUCGUUGAAGAGGAUUCUCAGUAGAGAGAAAAAGGGAAGCAUCUCGGGGUGUGUGGUGGGAGGUUGCAACUCCACGACCACCGAGUUAGAUGCAGAACGCGAAGGGUGUGACUUGGGGAGUUGUUCAUGAGGAUAAAUCGGAGAUGACGUGGUGGUGCUGGAAUCUGAAUUUCAGAUUGGGAGGAACAGUCGUGUCAUAAUUUUUACCAUGUACAAACUAAACAUAGUAUAGUUAAAAAAAGAUUUUUUUUUCUUUCUGAGCCCUUUUCAUUUUCUUUUAAUUCAAAUAAAGGAAAAUCAUUUACUUUUUUCAUCUAAAUACAAUCUAUAAUCGUGAAAAAAUAAAUUUGACUAAAUUCCAAUAUUCGUAUAAUGAAAAGAUACAAAGUGUCCAUAUAUUAUUCUACAUUAACGACUUGAAUAUAAUUUUGAUCUUUAAUUUU